CCAGAAAUGGUCAAGACGUUGAGGAAUAUCGCGCGGCUCUUCAAGGACCUCCAUGAAAGUCCAGAUAUUAAGGCUUCUUCACCUAUUCUAACCUUCUUUCAUCUGCUUGAGAGUAGACAAUAUCUGGCAAAGGGGUUUUCAAAGGGAAAAGGCACGACUGCCAGGAAAAGGCACGACUCAAGAUCCGGGAUUAGAUGGCGUGAUCUUCUAACGAGUGCACCAAAGAGACGGUGGCACGAUUCUUCGCUCACCAAACUUUAGGAUCGCUUGACCAAGUACGCGCAGACCUGAUGAUAAAGAAAGGAGGCAGGCAGUUCUGGGUGGCAGUUCAUUCAUCUUCGUCCAGUACUGUAUCGUCAUCACUUGUGGAUGGGGGAGGAGGAUAUCAUCGCCGAGAUCAAACCACACUUCAGUCGCAGAUUCAUCCCCAGAGGCAAGCAAAAUUUUUGAGGAAGUUUUGUUCGGACAAGAUGGAGCAGUUUCCUGCUACUGCUUGGUUUGCGAAGCAGAUGCUCGAUAUUGGGAGAAGUAUUGGGAGAAGUAUUGGCAUGAAAUUGUGCCCCUCAAGGAUGGCUCCGGAUCACCUUGACUGCAUUUUCUUACCCCAUCCCAGCGCCUUCGGCACAAUCUCAAGAGAGCCGGCUUACUGUACAUCCCCGAACGCGUUGCGGGAUAUCAUCGCCGCGAAUAACCAGG